AUGUUUUUCAACAUUUCACGCGAGGAUUCAGAUUCGAUAUUGAACGCCGGGUCAGAUUCAAAUCCUUUUAGUUUUCACGACCUGAUUAGCGAUGACCUUCUAGACAUAUUUACACUUGCCAACUUCGUCGUCAUCUCCGGAACUGUCAGCAUAUUAGGCUUCAUUUUCAACCUCAUCAACAUCGUGGUGUUCUCGAAUCUUGGCUUCUCGGACACCACCAACAUCACCCUGCUGAGUCUGUCAAUAGCCGACGCUGGCAUCCUCCUGACCUUAAUCUGGUUGAGCUUGUGCUACAAUCCGUUAGUGGCCAAAUCGUUCCCAAACUACGACUUUAUGGGCGUCCAACAUUUGUCAGGUGGCUGGCCCAACAUCUGCUUCUCUCGCAUUUCCGGUUGGCUGACCGUCUUCAUCACGUUCGAGAGGUACCUUUGCAUUGCCGCGCCUCUUAAAGUCAAAACCAUUUUAACCCCUUCUAGAACCGUGGCCAUCAAUGUUAUAAUCUACGUCAUCAUGGCGGCCGCGGUAGUUCCGGUUUACCUGGCAUGCCGGCUGGAGCCUUCCUUCAGUCCUUCUCUGAACAGAUCUGUCGUUUCCCUGGUCUACGGCGAGUACGGCCACGAGUUGGAGAGUUUCUCCUUGUCUUUCAACGUCUUCGCCCAGCUGACGGCCUUCACCCUUGUGGUGCUCUGCACGACUGGACUCACGCGCACUUUCCUCCACAAAGUCCAGUGGCGGAACAAGGCGUCGUCCUCGGGGAGUAAUGCGGGCAUGUCGACACGAGACAAGAAACUGGUGAAAAUGAUUAUUCUGAUCGCCGCCAUCUUUAUCGUCAGCUCCCUCCCCGGGGUGGUCGGCAUCUUGGCGAUGUCCUGCUACGAAGAUUAUAACAUAACGGGCAGGUACAAAAAUCUCUUUGUCACCACUUGGACUUUUUUUUUCGCAUUGGGGUCCAUCAACUCUACGGUCAACAUCUUCGUUUAUCUCCACAUGAGCACGAAAUUCAGGGAAACCUUUGUGUCCAUUUUA